AUGAGAGACAAGCUCAUUCAGAUUGUCCCACUUGGGGCUGGGCAGGACGUUGGCCGAUCAUGCAUCUUGGUGACUAUCGGCGGGAAGAACGUGAUGCUUGAUUGUGGCAUGCAUAUGGGCUACCAGGACGAACGACGUUUCCCUGAUUUCUCAUAUAUCGGUGGAGGAGGAAAGCUGAAUGAUUAUUUGACUUGUGUGAUUAUAUCUCACUUUCAUCUCGAUCACUGUGGAUCGCUACCUCAUAUGAGUGAAAUCGUUGGAUUCGAUGGUCCUAUCUAUAUGACCUAUCCGACAAAAGCUAUCGCACCAGUGCUUUUGGUAAUAGCAGUGGAUCUUCAUGAGACCGUCCAAGUCGACAACGAACUUUCCAUUCGUGCAUUCUACGCUGGCCAUGUGCUUGGCGCAGCCAUGUUUGAAAUCCGUGUUGGCCAUCAAAGCAUACUUUACACAGGUGAUUAUAAUAUGACACCCGAUCGACAUUUGGGUGCAGCUCGAGUGCUGCCAGGCCUUCGACCUGACUGCCUGAUCUCUGAGUCCACUUAUGCGACAACAAUCCGAGAUUCGAAGCGAGCACGAGAAAGGGACUUCUUGAGAAAAGUUCACGACAGAGUAAUGGCAGGUGGAAAGUAUUACCGGUUGUUCAUCAACUGGACGAAUGAAAAGAUCAAGCGUACAUUUGUUGAAAGAAACAUGUUUGAUUUCAAGCAUAUCAAACCACUCGAUAAGGGUUAUGAGGAAAUGCCCGGCGCUAUGGUUUUAUUUUCAACUCCAGGAAUGUUACAUGGUGGCCAAUCUCUCAAGGUUUUUCGUAAAUGGUGCCAUGACCCAAGGAAUAUGAUUAUUAUGCCUGGUACGUCUUCUCUUGUUUUACUUCGAGUUUUUCAGGAGUACUCCGAAUAUCCGAGUGUGAUGCCUGCGAUGCGUGAAAAUCCAGUGGUGAAUAUCCUGGGAUUGGCAUAG